GGCGGACCCGGGAAUGGUGGGUGGGCGGCGGUUGGUGGGGGUGGGGGGAAAUAUGCUGCUGCUGCACUCGGCCACAACCGUCCUGAGUGAAUGUUAAUGUAAAGGGAGCUGUUUAGAAGAAGUUGCUGAAGGAACUGGACUACAAAAGAGGCCCACCCACUGGCUUGCAGCUGAAAGCCAUGCUCACAGGAAGUGCAGGGCUUCUACUUACUAUUACUUGUCAGUGCCACUUGGAUGAGGAAGUGAGGAAAGAGCUCAGUUGCAGCAACUUUAAGUAGUAACCCAGUCAGUGGAAUAUCAACUUCAAACAAGUAGCUGGCUAAGCAUUAAAUUGGAGGCCCGUAGGUGAGAUAUAAUGGUUGCUUCUCCAUUGGUAUUGCAUGUUACCCCAAUUCUUCAACUGAAAACAAAAUGAUGAAAGACCAAGAAGAGGAGGAAUUCAUCACUGUGCGAGUGCAGGAUCCGAGAAUCCAAGACCAGAAUUCCUGGGCUUCUUAUGUAGAUUACAAAAUAUUCCUUUACACAAACAGUAAGGCAUUUACAGUAAAGACUUCCUGUGUGCGGAGACGAUAUCGUGAAUUUGUGUGGCUGAGGCGUCAGCUCCAGAAGAAUGCUGGAUUAGUACCCCUCCCAGAGCUACCAGGCAAGAAACCAUUUUUCCAAGUUAAUGACAUCGAAAGUAUAGAGAGAAGGCGCCAAGGUUUGCAGCAGUUUCUGGAGAAGGUUCUCCACACAACCAUCUUUCUGUCCGACAGCCAGCUUCACCUCUUCCUGCAGACCCAGCUGCCUCCGGCACAGAUUGAGUCUUGCGUUCAGGGCCGCACUCCAUUCUCUGUCAACAAGGCUAUCUUGGAAAAUGCCAUGUGCAGAAAGAGUGUUCUGCUCAGGGAGGACGCAGAGGCUGUGGGCUACGAGUGCGGAAGCUCACCCUCUCACAUUCAGGCAAAUGAGGUCGGAACCAGUGACGAGACCCCUGCAUCUCAGGAAGAGCCAGCAGCCUCAGGCAGGAUAUGAGGACCAAGUUGGAAUGAUAUACUCUGCGUUAUUGUGAAUCUGUCCACGUCCUUGGCAUGCAAUGAUAUCUCAUCACUCAAAUGAUCUAAAUUGAGAUAUUGACUGGAUUGAACACAGUCUGAUGUGGAGUUGUGACUGCAGUCUUUACUACAACAAAGUAUUGGAUUGUCGAAUUGCGAAACCAACUUUGAAUCAAUUAACAUUCACUGCUUAUUUCAGUAACAGAGUAGCAAAGAUAGAAUGAACAACAUGUUCCUGGAACAUUCAAGAACGUGUUUUGAUGCAGCAUAUUUGUGGGCUUCCUGUGAUGGGUGUUGUUUGGAAGUAGAGUUUGUUUGAUGCCUUUUAGUCCCAUGAGAUACGAUUCAUAUUACUGCUAGACCCAACUAUUCCAAUUCGCUUUUUCCAAUGAAGAGUCAUAAUGAACGCGCAACAUUAACCACAUCUCCUCUCCAUAGAUAUGACCAGUCUUGCUGACUUUCUCCAGCACUUGCCCUUUUAUUUUAAGUCUCCAGCAUCCACAGUAUUUGUUUUUUUUGUAUUCCAAUGGUGUCCUGGUGAGCCUCCCACCUUCCAAAUGUCUGCUGUCUGAAUCCUAACCCGUACAAAGCUCUUGCAGUGCUCUCUGACCGACACUGGCUCCUACUCUGGCAGCACUUUGACUUUAAACUUCUAAUCCUGGUUUUCAAAUCCCUCCUUGGCCUAACUCCUUCCAAUCUCUGAAAUCUGCUCCAGCCUCACAACUCUGCAAGAUCUGUCUACCCCGGCCUCUUAUCCAACCACCCAUUUUCAUCACCUUGUUCUUGGUAGUCGUGCUUAAACUGCUUGAGUCCCAAGCUCUGUAAUUCCCUCCCUCAGCCUCUAUCUCUACCUUUCACUCCUCUUUGAAAACACUCCAUAAACUUACCUCUUUGGUCACCUGACCUUAUAAUUCCAUAUGUCUCUUGGCUGUCAAAUUUGCCUGACGACCCUCCUAUGACAGACCUUUGGGAUGUUUUACAAUGUUCAAGGUUUUAUGCGAAAGCAUGUGUGUUAUUGUUGCAUACAGCUGCUACAUUGUGAAUAUUGAUGGAGAAAACCUAAGUCCCUGUUGGAUGGUUGAGUCACCUUUAUGUGUGAGCAGCAGAGCAGUGGUUAGUCAAUAAAAUCAUCUUCUGUGA